GUUCUGCAGUACUCGGGGUUGAAGCACAUUCCUGCUCUGCAAGGCUUUCUGUUAAGGAUGUAUUGUGGCUUUUGUUUGGAUUGCAGCAUGCAGAAUUACAGCUGUUCAGAGGAGACUCAUUACAACUCCUGCUGAAGCUCCUAAUCUUCUUCCCUUCUCUUCUGCCCUUUCCCCCUACCCUCACUUGGCCUGAAGACGUUGUCCCCAGAGUUUGCCUUACUCCCCUGGUGCUAUGUGUAUGGUGAACUUGGCAUUAUGGCCGCGUUUGGAACUGGCCAGACAACUGCUGCUGGCUCUCCUUAUUCCAAGAAGGAUUUAAAGGGGAAUUGCACUGCAGGCAAUGCACCACAGCAGCAGCAUCAGGAGCUUGGGGACUAAGGCUCCUCUGGCAUUAUUACAUACAUGCAAAGCUGACCGCGAUGACAGCGGCUGCUCCUUUGAACUGUUGGAAGCAGCCAAGCGGCAGCAUGAAGUGACAGAUCACUCCUGAGCUCAAGAUGAACUCCACCUUGGAUGGUAAUCAGAGCAGCCACCCUUUUUGCCUCUUGGCAUUUGGCUAUUUGGAAACUGUCAAUUUUUGCCUUUUGGAAGUAUUGAUUAUUGUCUUUCUAACUGUAUUGAUUAUUUCUGGCAACAUCAUUGUGAUUUUUGUAUUUCACUGUGCACCUUUGUUGAACCACCACACCACAAGUUAUUUUAUCCAGACUAUGGCAUAUGCUGACCUUUUUGUUGGGGUGAGCUGCUUGGUCCCUUCUUUAUCACUCCUCCAUCACCCCCUUCCAGUAGAGGAGUCCUUGACUUGCCAGAUAUUUGGUUUUGUAGUAUCAGUUCUGAAGAGCGUCUCCAUGACUUCUCUGGCUUGUAUCAGCAUUGAUAGAUACAUUGCCAUUACUAAACCUUUAACCUAUAAUACCCUGGUUACACCCUGGAGACUACGCCUGUGUAUAUUCCUGAUUUGGCUAUACUCGACCCUGGUCUUCCUGCCUUCCUUUUUCCACUGGGGCAAACCUGGAUAUCAUGGAGAUGUGUUUCAGUGGUGUGCAGAGUCCUGGCACACCGACUCCUACUUCACCCUGUUCAUCGUGAUGAUGUUAUAUGCCCCAGCAGCCCUUAUUGUCUGCUUCACCUAUUUCAACAUCUUCCGCAUCUGCCAACAGCACACAGAGGAAAUCAGCAAAAGGCAAGCCCGCUUCAGCAGCCAGAGUGGGGAGACUGGGGAAGUGCAGGCCUGUCCUGAUAAGCGCUAUGCCAUGGUCCUAUUCCGAAUCACUAGUGUAUUUUACAUCCUCUGGUUGCCAUAUAUCAUCUACUUCUUGUUGGAAAGCUCCACUGGCCACAGCAAUCGCUUCGCAUCCUUCUUGACCACCUGGCUUGCUAUUAGUAACAGUUUCUGCAACUGUGUCAUUUAUAGUCUCUCCAACAGUGUAUUCCAAAGAGGACUAAAGCGCCUCUCAGGGGCCAUGUGUACUUCUUGUGCAAGUCAGACCACAGCCAACGACCCUUACACGGUUAGAAGCAAAGGCCCUCUUAAUGGAUGUCAUGUCUGAAGUGGCUCAGAUAUGGGGUUUCCCUGUGUAUGUGUGUGUUUUAUCUCUAAGUAUUUCUAAUUCAUUAGGAAAUCUGGGACAGAAUACUUUGACUCUAAGCAAUAGCAUACAAAUGAUUUGUAUGAAUACCUUCUAAGUUUGUAGAAAUGGUUUUCAAAAGUGCUUUUGAAGACUCAAGAUCAUGAAGACAAAUUGCUCCUGGUUCCAAUUUUUGAAAUGUUUUGGAAAUGACUACAGUUCUCAGAUUUAAAAUGAAUAAAGCCAUAUCUAACACCUCUCCAGCUGGCAUGACUGAACCUGAGUGCGAAAAGCGUCAGCAUUUUAAAAAGUCAUCAUUUUCUUGUCACUUCUGGGUUCUUUCCAGCUAUUUGGGCUUCAUGUGCAAUUGAUUUCUUCUAACAGGGAAUAGUAAAAUAUAAAUUAAGAGGUUUUAGAAAUUACUUUUUAUGUAUGCUGAAGUAUAACUACACUGCAAGUUUCAACACUGUCAUUUAGAAAGCCAAAUAUUCUAUGUUUUAUUCUCUUAAGAGAAUUCUCAGUAGAGUGAAUAAUGUGAACACAUAAACAUGAAUUUUAGAAUUUUACAGUGAACCAUGAAGCAAAAGUGCAAUCAACUUACACAGUUUAUGAAAAACAGCUAUUUUUUGUGCCAUGCUUCACAGAGAUCUAAAGUUAAGUGUGCAUAGAAGUGAUCAUGUUUGUAGUAUUUUUGCCCAUGCCUUUGUGUUAUGUCUAUAUUUAGAAUAUCUGAAUUGUUAGAUUUCUCUUUUAUAGCCAAAUGUGUUUAAAUAAGCUAAAAAACAAUUGAUAGGCUGUUGGCUGUCGGUUUUAUACUGGUGACUAUAUACAAAAAUGUGUCAUUAAUAUUCUCUGUUCUUUCUAUCCAAAGACUUCCGAAAUAUUAGAACAUCAGGGAGAAGGGUAUAUGUCAUAAGAAACUGAGUCAGAAAGUAUACUGUAGUAUACUGUUUUGUUUGUUUGUUUCUUUUUGUUUGUUUGUUUAUAGAAGGGAGUUGAGACAUUUUCUUUGUGGUUAAAUGGAAUCAACUAAGUAUUUUUGAAAAGUAUUCUUUCAGUUAGUAUUAAGGAAUCCAUAUAUGAAGAGGGAAAGGGGAAACUCUAAGUCUCUUAUUGCUAUUCUCUUUCUGGAAAAAAAAAAUCCUUUGGCAUACAGUUCUUAAUAGUCUUUUUUUCCCCUUUCAAAGUAUUAGCAAAACCUACUGGAUUUUAUUCUUCUGUAAAAUUAUUAUUGAGAGUUAUGUGUGUUUGUAUGUAGUAGUGAUGUUCGUUCUUAAAAGUGAUUAUCUUUAGAGCAAGAGGUUUAUUUUUCUAAAAGGAGAGAAGAAAUUCCGGCAGCUCCAGGCAUGAGAGUAUUUCCUCUACUUUUGUGCUGGUUUUAAUGUUUCGAGAAUCUUCAGGGGACUUACUUGAUCUCUCCCUUUGGUUAGAUGUUGUAAUCUGAAUGCAACAAUGGUGAUCAGUGAGAUGGAAGAUGGAAGAAACCCAGGGAACAUGGGUUAAAGUGGAUUUCUGAAUCCAAGAAAGGACAUAGGUAUUUAUAAAACAGGCAGAUAAGCUUUGGUUUUCCAUCAUGAUGCCAGUGUUCUUAUGAUUUUAGGCUUUAGACAUCAACUUGACUUCAACCUCAGUUGUGUUCUAUUUCAACUUUAAGUGACUAAGCAUUAUAUAAACAUUCAAACUUCAGAUUCUGGGUUUUUCCCAAAAGCUUGCUUGCUCUUUAUGUUUAGUGUUAGCAAAUUUUAUUCUAAGCUGUUUCAAAAUUUAGAACUCAUACUAAGAUCGCAAGUUAUGUUAGAAACGGCUUGGUUAAAUUGUCAUUUCAUGUGGGAAAACUUUUCUGUUGGAUUCUGAAAAAUCUUUGUAUCGUAUACAUCUCCCUUUUAAGUGGUACAGAUCUGAAAAAACCAAAAUUUACCUUUUUUUAUAUAUGUUAGAGAAUGUAAUCUGUUCACAUUUGCAGUUCGCUUAUGAAUUUUUAGUUUAGAAAAUAUGGCAAUUUAAAACACUUAAUUUUUGUAGAAAGAUUUGUUAAAUCAUUAGGUUUGAUCUGAUUUUGUUGUGUGUAUAUGUGUUGGGGAAGAGGAGAUGGAGAUGCUCCUGGACACAGUAAUGUCCUCUUCAGUGGCUGGGGGUGUUUUCUAUGUGAUAGGUUUGGAAAGUUCAUAUUUAACUGAUCUUUUCAUCCUGGAAUAUUUAAUGCAGCAUUUGAUGACAUUUAGUUUAAAUACCAGUCAGACUUCAAAAAAAAGUAUAUUUUUACACUCAGUUACCUUGGCAUUGAUAGGAUAGCUUAUUUAAUUUUAUAUUGGACGUGACUGGUAUCAGAGGAAACAUAUGCUUUUGGUGAUUAUGUUGAAAUUAUUUCAUAGUAAAUUUUAAACUAGACUAAUGUUAAAUUUGUAAACUAGUUUCAGUGAAAGUGGUUUGUUUUUUGCCCCCUUCUUAGAGUAGACAAGCAAUUAGAAGUAAACUCGUGUGCUCUACUUCAGUGAGAGCAUGAUCUUAACACUAGAAUGGAUAUUUACAUUUUUUUCAUCAGCCUGUUGACUCUUACCCAAAAUUUCAUUUUGGAAAAGGUUUUCUUUAAGCUUUAUUGCUGGAUAAAUUCUUUUUAAGCCUUUUAUGAUGGCUUUUCCUUUUUACUUGAAUAAUAGUCUCAGUAUUUUAAGGAUUGGGAAAACUUGAAUUUUUGUACCAUAAAUGCAUUGUCCACCUCCUUGAACUUGAAAAUGAAGCAACAGGGUUAUAGACUCCCAGAUGGUGGAAUGGUUUCUGGGAGGGUUUUUCCUCAGCUUUUCAGGUUUGUUUGAAAAAUCUGCACGGUGACUUGGUAUAGGAAUUAUCUUAAUUUCACUGACUGUAUUUUUGUUUCAUAAGUUGUUCUCAGCAUGCCAGAAUUUAUUGUUAUAUGAGCAAAGUUUGGGAAGAUUAAGAAUGGGAAAUUUGUGGCAUUAAGAUUUUUUUAAAGUCCUCAUAAAUCAUUUUGUAUGUUGAUUUUUGUGUAAUUUUUUUCAUUUCGGGUAGAAGAAAAACUAAACAUAAGUAUUUACAUUAAAUUUAGAUAUUAUUAUGUUGCAGACCUUGGAAAUAUUGUAGACAUUUCUCAUGGCUGUAAACAAGUCAUUUGGCCUUUCUUCAAAAUUUGUGUGACAAAAGGGCAUCAUAUAGUAAAAAUGAAGUUGGAACUGAGAAUUUUAAAAUGUAGGUUUCUGUUUCUAAGUAGUUUUGUAAAUAAGGACAAGUCACUUCUCUAAGCAUUUAAUUUCUUGUAAAAGGAAAUAUAGAUCCCUUCAUACCUCAUACUGUUAGUUUGAGGAUUGAGUUAAAUAAUGGAUGUAAAAGUACUUUGUAAAUCGUAAAGUGCUUUGCAAAUAAAAAUGGUUACUAUUAUUUGUAUCCACCAUUCUUCUACAUGUAAGGAAGCCAUAUAUCAUGAUGUGUUCCCUCACACUUAGAUCUUUGAAGCCCAAUGCUACAUCACUGCUCUUUGCUACUUAGCAAUCCCAGACCUGAGAAGAGAAGCAAAAUAAAUACUCACCCUCCUAAAAUUAUAAUAGCUUUAAAUUCAGCAUAAAACCACUUUGAUUUACUUGUCUUCAAACUCUCUGAAGGCAAGGGACAGUGUCUUUUAUCUGUCUGGAUAAUAAUUUUAUCCCCUCAAUCUGAUAUGGGAUCUGGCUCAGAGCAGAAGUUUCAUAGAAUGAAUAAAUGACUCUGUAAUUAUUGCAUUUAGUCACCAGCCUUUUUCUUUCUGUAAGGAAUUAUAGGACAGUGAUGUUCAGAAGACAAUGCAGAUCCCCAUAACCAAUCUUCCAUUUGCCCUAGGUUAUUUCAGAUUUUAAAUCUUAAAUGAUAUCUUUUUGGUAUCAAGAGAUUAAUGUGUUAAUGUGAGUCCUCUAUAUGCUUAGGUAACUUUACUCCUGGAAACUCUAGCUUUGGCCCAGAGAGCUUCAGGCAGUGCUUUCAAAUUGCCAGUUUUUUCACAACAUGGAUCAGGUAUUUGGAUCACACCUUCUUGGCUCUGGAUCCGGAUAAGGCUCUGUAAAAUUGGUGACAAGGGCAGAGGAAGCAUAGAAAGCUUUGGUG